AUGGGCGAGGGCAGGACGAAGACUUCGGUUUCAACCGCCAGAACGGGCAUGCAGAAGUGCAGCUGGGGAGUGAGUACCAGCGUCCAGCUGAACUCACAAAAGCCACAGCGGCCGCAGCCGCAGCAGGUUCCGAUUCGCAGCACCAUCAACCUCGCGCAUACUUUGAAACCCUUUGAGCAAACCCUGAGGCCGUUCGAGCAGACUGUUAACCCGUUCGAGGAGACCAUCAGACCGUUCGCCCAGACCAUCAAGCCAUCGUCCAAGCAGACGCAGCCUCGUCACUCGCAGCAGCUUCCGACCCGACCGUCACAGCACCAUGCCGGCCACCCGCCCCGACGCAACAACCAGGUACCUCAGCCUCAGUCUCAGCAGGCAGGCUUUCGUCAUUCGGUGGCGACGCUGCGGCCUCCGAGAACCGCGCGGCCGACCGAGCGACCGUCGCAGCAGUUCUCGAACCACCACGUCAGCAGCUUCCAGCGCUCGUUGGGACCGUCGAGCCACCGACAACCUUUGGCCGGAACGCCCAUGACACUGUCGGACCUCGUGACGGAAGAGCCGACCGACAGCAGCAAUGAUGAUAACACUCCGUUGACGGUGGAUCUGUCGCCUCGUCGUCGUCGCGAGGUCAUCUCGCGCAUGAAGAAGUCCGUCAAGGAGACCAUCCUCGACUCGAUGCCUCCGGACUCGUCCACCAACCCGCAGUGGAAGCUCAAGCUGCGCAAGAAGGACAUCUCGUGCUAUGUGGACGAAACAACCGUCCAGCCUGGCCAGACCCGGUUCUGCUGCGUGAGCCACACCCACGCGACGGUGGACGAGGUCAUGAGCCUCUUCCUUUCGCCCGACAAGGAGACGCAGCAGCGCAACGACCGCUUGCUGUACGACAACCUCCUGGAGACGCGCGUCCUGACGGAGCUGCGGGAACCGACCAAGGAACGCCCCAUGAACUCCAUGUCGGUGCGGUAUUCGACCUACCAGACCCCCGGUCCGCUGGCCAACCGGCAGAUCUGCUCGGUUGUAGCCACCGACAUGGUCCGUCAACCUGACGGCUCCACGAUCGGCUACUGCCUGUGGGAUUCCAUCGACGACCCGGAGUUCGCGAAAGCCGGUAAGAGACCGGGGCUCGAGGUGUGCAAGAUGUUCCGGUCAGGCUUCUUCGUGCGACGGUCAGGCCGGCGCGGGUCUUCCGACAAGCCGGGUCAGACCAAGAUCGUGUACAUGGUGGGCAUGGAGAACGCGGCGUGGGCGUCGGGGCUCACGACGCGCUACCUCAUGGAGAAGUAUGGCAACACCUUGGGUCGCAUCUGCUCGCACCUGCGGCGCAAGAACUUCGACUCGCAGACGUUCGUGACCAAGACCCAGUGGGCGUCCAAGAUCUCGGCCAAGAGCUGCAAGCAGUGCGAGAAGCCCUUCCAAGUGCUCUCAUGCCGCGUCAACUGCCACGCGUGCGGGCAGGUGGUCUGCCGAUCUUGCACUUCCAAGGAGUCGGUCGAGAUUCAAGGCGUGGGGGUCGUCGUGCCCACGCACAUCUGCUUCUGGUGCCUCGAAAAGGCCGGCCUCCCAGCUCCCGCCUCGGCGUCGGCGCCGAAGACAAGGAAGGAUAGGAGGAUCAAGCGGCUCGAGUCCGACACCGCCGUCAUGUACCGAGCGUCGUGCCAAGCGAACGCACUAACGCAGCAGCGAGAGCAUUCUAUGUCGGUUGUCAAUGCCGAUUUCUCGGACGAUGACGACGAGGACAGAGAGAGUGGGGAAUGGGCCAUCACGACGCAGGGAAUCCCCGUCCAAGAGUCUGACAACGGUCGAAGCUGUAUCAAUGUGCGUAUGGGUGUGCAUGGUAGUUAUCUGUAG